UUUAAUAGAGGGAUCGUAUACCUAAUUAAUAAUAUCCUAAAUAUUCUCGGUAGCCUAGUAAAGGAAGUUUCUAGAGAUUAUAAUAGAAUAUCUUUUAUUAAGGCUCUUAAUAGAACCGAGUUAAGGGAGGAAGUCGAGUUUCUUAAGGACACUACUAUCUUUAUACUAAAGAAUACCGCUUUCGCGUCUAUCGAAAAGAGUCUCUCGAAACUCUCUACUAAGGAGUUAGUCGAAGUACUUAAAUAUUAUGUCGUUCUCGGUAUAAUUACUUACUAUAGUACUCUAGAGAACGGGAUUACCUUAACUACCUUAUAGGGCUAAGACUUAACUAUCUAUAUUAACGAAGAAGAAGAAAUAUUUAUUAAUAGGGUAGGAGUUAACUCGGUCGAUAUCGCGGUAGCUAAUGGUGUUGUUAUCAUCAUCGACAACGUACUUAACCUAAAAACUACUGUUUACACCCCCGCGAGUGAUGCCGAGGAUGGUGUUCCUGUAUUUCCAACUAGUAGCUCGGCUACUAGCGAAGCAGCCGCAUUAACCACUUCUACAGCGGCCGCG